CAGAACAGCCGAUGGGUAUUGCGACAGCGGGGUGAGGAGAAAGUCAUUACAAGAUUGUAUGCGGUCAAUCCAGAGGAAAAGGAGAGGUUCUAUCUGAGAAUGCUCUUGCUCAAUGUGAGAGGUGCCACGUCAUUCGACGACUUAAGAAGUGCAAACAAUGUUGUAUGUGGCACAUUCGAGGAAGCAGCAAGGGCAAGAAAUCUUCUGCAGGAUGACAGUGAAUGGAAGAAUGUGCUGAGCGAAGCUGCAAUGACAGAGACAUCUGACCACAUCAGAAAGCUGCUCGCAUACAUCUGUGUGUUCAACAGACCGCAUGAUGCACUUGGGCUGUUCAGCGACUAUGUUGACGAUAUGUGCGAUGACAUCGUUAACGAGAUAUAUGGUGAUGUUGCCAACAUGGCUGGCAGCGAAGAUCUGACGAACAGAACUAUACUCACAACAAACAACGAUGUUGCAAAGGAAAUCAAUGACAGGGUCCUUGACUUGAUGAUUGGCAACGAAGUAACAUACACGAGUGCAGACCCUAUUGUCACAGAGGACAAUGAUGUUGUUGCGAACUAUCCGCUAGAGUUUCUCAACAAGCAGCAGCCUUCAGGAAUGCCACCGCACAAGUUAGUUCUAAAAAGAGGUGCGCUGAUUAUGCUAUUGCGCAACCUUGAUCCAGCCAAUGGCCUGCUCAAUGGCACACGCCUGGUGGUUGAUGAACUUCACUCAAACUUCAUCAUAGCUACUAUUGUAACCGGAUCCAGGAGAAGUAGCAAGGCAGUCAUACCAAGGAUCGAUAUGGCACCGAGCGAGACACAGCUGCCAUUCAUACUCAAGAGAAGACAGUUUCUGGCUCUUCUUUCGUUUGCGAUGACAAUCCACAGGUCACAGGGCCAGUCAUUUGACAAGGUAGGUGUUUAUCUGCACAGCCCAGUCUUUGUGCAUAGUCAGUUGUAUGUAGCUCUGUUGAGAGCGUGCCAUGCAAACGGUCUAAGGGUGUAUGUUGCUGACAAUGGGGACCAAGGAAAGCAUGAGGAUAGUAAAGUAUACGCAAGAAAUGUUGUGUACAAUGAGCCAUUAGAAUGA